AUGAUUACCGUUUCAUUCCUUUCUAUUUCCGUCAUCAACGUCGGUCUUGCUGUGAGCAGAACGUGCAAUGAUCGCCGGCGUGCUUUCUGGAAGCGCACCGUUGUUAGCCGAGUUAAACUCAAGUCCCACGUCGGCCCACCCGGUUCAUCGGCCUCGCAUCCGACUGCAAAAUUUGCCUGCAGCACCAUGGGAGAACGCACGUCGAGCUUGUUUGCCAAGUUGACGCUCAAGUCGAAGCGUCAACUUGCCGCGACCCCUUCGAAUGCCGCUGCUGCUGCUGCUGCAUCAUCGUCCUCGUCGUCGGUUCGCUCUGCUUGCAGCCCCGUCACUACGCCCGAGACGGAAUCGCCCACUUCGUUCUCCGGACAGGUCGACUACGGUCUGGGCUACUCGAGCAUCCACCACGAACGCUCGCCCAGCUACAACGGCAAACGCUCUAGCAGAGCAAACCUACCACGCCCCAUCGAAUUCGAUCGAUACGCAUAUUCAGAGCCAAACCCUGCCUACCCACAGUCACCGCGCUUAACCCACACUCGCAGUCGUUCUCGAUCCGAGAAGCUCAGCCUCGUCCAUCCCGAAGAGGAUCCGCUCUUUGUCGAGAUUGUCGACGGAGCUGCACCGACACCGACCAUCCAGUCCACUGUUCGCGCACAAUUUCGCGCUGGCACCUUGCCGCCGGGCUACGCUGCUGUCGACCUGGCUCGUCCACAAUCUCCCUUCGCCAUCAGCAGGUCUGGCUCGCAAUCCCACUCUCGAAGUCCACCUGCGCGCAUCGCGCCUCGUCGGUGUCACUCCGCAGCCGAUCGCGACGGUGUCCACGGCCUUCGCUCAGUUCCCGUCGUUCCACUCGCGCAGAGUGCCGCUCAACUUGACGAAACGCCGAUAUCAUCGUACUAUGUUGUCGCGCGUGGCUGGAAGAAGGGUAUCUACACAGCAAAGGAGGAUGCCGAGCGUCAAAUUCGCAACUUUCCAGGCCCUUUGAUACAACAGUUCCAUGACCGAGCGGCAGCCGAAAGCUUUCUCGACAACCCUGACCGACCCGCUAUGCAGCCUUCAUCCUUUGACGAAUCCGACGAAGAAUUUGUGGAAAGAACGAGAAUCUUCAAGGGACUCGAUCCAAGCAGCGACCUUGCAAAGCGCAGAAGUAUUAGCAUGAGCGCCGAACGAAGGCAGGCUCAGCGCAUGUCUCGUCUUCUCAUCGCCACCCACUCGCCCCUCCGUGGUCACAGCUCCACUUUUGCCGCUGCGGCUGCUGCUGUCAAUUCGCCUCCGCUCUCUCUGCACAGCAUGUUCUCCGACACGGCUCCCAUAUCACCCAUCGAGGAGCUUGGCGGCGGCUUCGGCAGCAUGGCGAACGGAAUGACGUUGCUGCCGGUCACGCACCUCGCCAGCGCAAUGACUUUCUACGCCCACAUCCUCGACUUCAUCUGCGUCUCGCACGAGCCAGGACUGCAAGCCGUCAUGAGCUCGCCCGCCGCGACUGUCUGUCUGCGCACCAUCCCGCCAUCUUCUCCCUCGUCGAAUGAGCCUGACUUACACAACAAUUCGAACGCAUCGACUGGCUCAGCUCCGUUUGCCAACGGACGCACUGCUCCACCAACUAUAUCCCGCAUGCAUUCGGAUCGCACGAAUCUCGCUUUACCGCCCACUCCCGAGUCGCCAAGCCUCUCGUCCAAAGAUCCAGAGCCGCUCGAUCUGCCUCCCGGCAGUAUUCCGCUCAGUCAAGCAAAUUCCGUCUGGUCUGCGGCAACUGUACUGAUUGAGCACGACGGCGCACUAGAAGCGAUGCAUUCACGCCUCACGGCCAAGCUCAAUCAAUGGCGAACUGAGCACGGUCAAGAUGCGCAGUGCACACAGCGUCCCGCCCACAGCGCAAAGCUCCUUGGAGGCGUGCGGCAGACCUCUUGGGAUGCGCAGGAGCUGCACCUGUGCGACCUGGACGGUCAUCGUAUCAUCUACACCACGCCUUUGUCCCGAGGCAGUCCGGACAAGAGCUUAUUCUGA